AUGUCCGACGAAAUGGCGCUUUUCAUGUCGACCCUGGUAAUCACAAACCCAGACAUCUACAUCCCCGUCGCAGACACCUACCGCACCGUCCUCGCGCGCUCGCUGCACGCGACCUGGCCCACCGGCCGCCUCGACAUCUUCGUCGCGCGCCCGCCCGAGCGCUUCCGCGACGCGCACUACGUUGUCACGCAGCUGUAUCUGCUUGCUACCGAGCUUGCGAAGGCGGAGGGCCGCGAGGGCGUCGAGGUCCGUGUUCUGUUGCAGGGCGUGGGUGGGUUUGAUAUCGGUAGCGAGAGGAAUCGGAGUUGGGAGGUCGUUACUCUGGGAAAAGCCGACUCGGAACUGCUACCGAUAUUCAUUGCCGAGCGGCAAUCAUCGCCGUACCCUCCUGCGCUUCAAGUUCUCGUGCUUCCGAUGCAGGACGAGUCUUUAGAUACUCAACCCGGAUCCGAAGGCGAUGGGGAACAACCGCGUAUUGGCGAAGCAGGCAUGGUGCGGAGUGAAGAGGAAGACGAAGAAGAAGAGGACGCAGAGGAUGAAGGGCGGGACGGAUCAUAUGCUGUCGUUGCGCUCGGGGGAACUUUCGACCAUCUCCACGACGGACACCGGAUUCUACUAACAAUGGCGGGCUUUCUUGCGUCGGAAAAACUGAUAGUAGGCGUGACGGGCCCGGCGCUGCUGAAAAACAAAAAAUACAAGGAAGAAAUGGAAUCGCUCGAGGACCGGUGCGCGCACGUGCUUGAGUUCCUGGCAUACGUCUACCCCGGCAUCAAAUCGACCACGCACGAGAUCAACGACAUCUACGGCGACGCGGUGAAUAUCGAGGCGAUUGACGCGCUCGUGGUGAGCGCCGAGACGCGCUCGGGCGGGGUCGCGGUCAAUAAGGAGAGACGGAGGCGGGGCAUGCAUCCGCUCAAGGUGUGGGAGAUUGGCGUCGUGAAUGGAGAUCAGGAGAAUGCGUGGGCGGGAAAGUUGAGCAGUACCGAUAUUCGGAGGCGGAUAGCGGAAAGCAGGCAGGCUCAGGCAGCUGCAGAGUCGGAGGGGCGGUAA